AAAUGUCUAAUCACUAUAUUGUACACCUGAAGCUAAAGUAACCAAUAUAAGAUUACAUACCAACUAUACUUAAAUUUUUUAAAAAUUCAGUUCUCAAAUCUGUCUCAGCUUCAGCUUUCCUCUAGGCCUUCUCAGGGUUUCCCAUACAUCCCCAUAAUUAAUAGAGCUUUCCAAACAUAAUCUGUGAUGGGUUUGCCAUGUGUUACUUGAGUGUUCAUGCUUGAGUUUUCUCCCUUUAAUAUGUUGGAGAAUAGAAUCUACUAAAAAAGUAACACUGUAUGUUAGUAGUAGUCAUUUACCCAGGUAGACACUUUUUCCAGUUGUGCAUUUUUAUGGUGGCAAGUGAGAGUCCAUGCUUGCUUUCUUCAUUGAGCUAAUCUGUGGAUAGGAAAGACUGAAUAUUGGUGAAGUAAAAAAGAAAGAAAGAUGCUCCUUUGAAAGAUGAGAAAUUUUUAAGUGGUCACCUCUUUAUUUGACAUUUUAUUAAUACCAAUACCUGGGUAGAGUGGUUCUUCAAAUUGUGUAUUCUUUUGAAUUAACUGAGAAAGCAGUAUAAUAUAGUGAUUAAAAUUGUGAUCUUUGAAAUGUGACUGCCUAGGUUCUAAUUCCACACUAAUAUCACUGUGCCUCAGUUUCCUCGUCUGUCUACUUGGAUAAAAAUAACACCUACUUCAUGAAAUAUUUGUAGAUAUAUGUAAUUUGCAUAGAACAAUAUUAAGUUCUACCUGUUAUUAUUACAAUUAGAGUGUAUUAACAAGGUUCUACUGAGUAAAAUGAGGUGGGACUUUUAAGACUAAUUAGAAUUUUUAUAUUUUCAAUUCUUUGACUGAUUUAUGUAAUUAUCCUGGCCUUAUUUGUUAUUUUACAUAUCUAGUCACCACAAAAUUCACAAAUGCGUGAUGCAAGACAGAAAAACUAAACCCAGUAUUCCCAUAGAAAUCACUGUGGAUACAAAAGCAUACAUGAAGAAUUAGAGAAAUCCACCUUCUUUUUUGUGUUUUAGUUUUAUUUUCUUUGGGAGCUAAGAAUUUAAGGAUCUGUUCCUUCAUACACACAAAAGCUAAGCACAAUAAAUAAUGCUCUGAAAAGACUUGUUUUUCAUUGCUGCUUUGUCAACAGCCAGCAUUUUGUCUUCUUUCCACCAGGUGGAAGCAUAGCGCUUUGUACCGUGUCUUGUUCUCAGUUCUAGCCUCGGCGGUAUUCAGAUGGUUAGGAGGGAAAAGAUAAACACCAUAUUCAGGAGUAUGAAAUACUCCCUCACCUGGAUGUCACAGCAUCACAUUUUAAUCGUUUACUGGAGGAUAAUGAAAACAGUAGAUUGGAUAAGGUUCCUCCACAAGUGCUUUUAAUUCCACUAAAGUCAACACAGGCCCAUUAUAAGAUAUACUGUAUGAAAGUUUUUUGGCAGCUAGAAAAACUGCAUAGGCCUGAACUCAGCUAACAAAAUAACAUCCAAAUAUUUUUAAGUGAUUUUAAAAUUAAUAAAUAGAAAUAAACAUUUGGUAUCCUUAGCAAAUUGUGAGAACAUUGUCCUUGAUAUCUUGGUUAAACUGAGUCUUCCUAUUUUCCAGGUGCAACAUUGUACUGCAAGUUAAUCAGUACAGGAAUUUAAGUCGCUGCUACUAUAAUGGAAAAAUAUGAAAAAUUAGCUAAGAUUGGAGAAGGGUCUUAUGGGGUUGUAUUCAAAUGCAGAAACAAAACAUCUGGACAAGUGGUAGCUAUUAAAAAAUUUGUGGAAUCCGAAGAUGAUCCUGUUAUUAAGAAAAUAGCACUAAGAGAAAUACGUAUGUUGAAGCAAUUAAAACACCCAAACCUUGUGAACCUCAUUGAGGUGUUCCGGAGAAAGAGGAAAAUGCAUUUAGUUUUUGAAUACUGUGACCAUACACUUUUAAAUGAACUGGAAAGAAAUCCAAAUGGAGUUGCUGAUGGAAUGAUCAAAAGUGUAUUAUGGCAAACACUUCAAGCUCUUAAUUUCUGUCAUCAACAUAACUGUAUUCACAGAGAUGUAAAACCUGAAAAUAUUCUGAUAACUAAGCAAGGAGUAAUCAAGAUCUGUGACUUUGGCUUUGCACGAAUUCUGAUUCCAGGAGAUGCCUACACUGAUUAUGUCGCUACCAGAUGGUACCGAGCUCCUGAGCUUCUUGUGGGAGACACUCAGUAUGGCUCUUCAGUCGACGUUUGGGCUACUGGUUGUGUUUUUGCAGAGCUCCUGACAGGCCAGCCACUCUGGCCUGGAAAAUCAGAUGUGGAUCAACUUUAUCUGAUAAUCAGAACACUGGGAAAACUAAUCCCAAGACAUCAGUUCAUCUUUAAAAGUAACCAGUUUUUCCAUGGCAUCAGUAUUCCUGAACCAGAAGACAUGGAAACUCUUGAAGAAAAAUUCUCAGAUGCUCAUCCCAUGGCUUUGAAUUUCAUGAAGGAGUGUCUGAAGAUGAAUCCAGAUGACAGAUUAACUUGUGCCCAACUCCUGGAGAGCCCCUACUUUGAUUCCUCUCGAGAGGACCAAAUUAAAAGAAAAGCACGUAACGAGGGAAGAAACAAAAGACGGCAGCAGAAUCAACUGUUGCCUCUCAUACCAGGAAGCCACAUCUCCCCCACACCCGAUGGAAGAAAACAAGUCCUCCAGUUAAAAUUUGAUCACCUCCCAAACAUUUAGGAAAUGUUCUUUCAAGUGGAAAGUAAUUUAAUAUGUACACAUGUUUGUACAAGAGAGAUAGGAACUCUCAGUGUUUCAAAUGCAAAUGAGCCAUAUGAAAAUUAAGAUGCCUUCUAGAAUUGUUUUUGCUCUGAUCAUUACUGAUUCCUCUGCCUGUGCUUUUCACAUGCCGACUUUAUCUUUUAGAGCAUUUUCUUUAAAUGUUAUAAAGUCUGAAGUGCACAUAUGGAGGAGAUAUUUUCAAUUUCAUCAGAGCAGCUCCUCUUGAGGCAAUUUAUAUUGAGAAUUUGUGGGCUUAUACUUUGAUUUAUGAAAAAGAUUUUACAUAUAUCAUCUUGCUUCAACUGACCACAUACUGUCUUAGAGCAAUAUCAAAUAGCUUGCCUCGCUGCUGUUUGUGUGAGGAAUGACAUGAUGUUUCUGCCUUUUAAUUCACUCUUAUUGUAACCAGGCCUGUUGCAUAAUGCUGGUAUUUUAUUGUGUUUUUGUAUUGGUGUAGGAAGGGAACCUUGAAAUGUCAUCUAGGUUUAUUCCUUGAUUCCAGGACAGACUCUACUUUCCCUGUCCCAUGAGAUGUUGACGAUUCUAUUUUUAAAGCCAGCUGGAGAAAAUGUCAUACAUACCAAGUAGUGGAUGAGCUGCGAGGAGUUACCCUCCUCAUGAUGCCCUGGGAUAACUGGCUGCCGACUCUAAUGCUGUCCUCUGUCCAUCAUGGUUCCUCAGCCUUUUCUCCUCCUGGCUGCAUCUCAGUACCUAAAUCUGUCUUCCUGCAUGUACUUCCUGAAUAAUUUAUUGUCUGCAAUCUCUCCCAAACAUUUGCUUCCACAGCCUCUGUGAACUUGUUCCACCUUAAACUUGUGCAUCUGUAAAUGUUUCUGAGAGCAGGAAGAUUAUCUUUCAGUUACCUUCAUUCUGUGGCUCUUACCAAAAAAAGAAGCAGACAGACAGAACACCUCAGUAGGUGAGCCCAGUUUACGUUGGGGUAUUUUCCCAAGUAAACUUGACAGACCUACCUGCCUACCUACAAACUUAUGUACAUAUAUAUACAUACAUAUUUAUAAUAAUAAAUUGUGAAGCAUCAUAGUAGGUUCCUGUUAUCCUGGACAUCUAAGAAUGAUACGGAAUAUUUAAAAUACUUUUGGUUUGCUAACAAGGAACUCAUGUAAAUCAUAGCAUGGACUGUCUAUCCCUGUCUGGCAUAAAGACACAAAAGAGUGAUGCUCCAAAUAUCAAUAAAUAUUAAAAUUAUCUCAUCAACUCUUUUUGGCUCUUAGGUUUGGAAUGCUCACUCAAACAUUUUGCAAAUAACCUAGGUUCAGAAAUUCCUUUUAUCUGGCACCAGAACACUAAGCAUAAAGUGUCUUUAAGAAAACAUAGUAAUACCUUAUAUUCACCUCUGAAAGUUCAUUGCACUUAUAAACUUGGCUUAUAAACUUCCAGAGAAUCUCAUUCAGUUAUUAGGGAGCAUCUCUUUACUAAAGAAUUAUGGCAUCUAAGCAAUAGUUCCUUGUUCGCUGGAAGGAUAUUCUAAGUGGGCUUAUUUGGCCAUUUAACAUUCUGAGUGUGAACAUAGGCUGCUAGGGACUUCUUUUCAUCUUAUUAUCAAGAGUGUGCCUCUUCAGAGUUGUAUGUUUUUUUAAUUUUUAAUAAGAUGAUACCGCAGGUGCAAAGAAAAUGAGAAAUAAAAGGCAACUUUGCUAAAAGAUUUUUUAGCUUUCAUAGUGCUUUUAUCACAUAAGCCUCUUUAUUGCCAAACCACUCCUGCCACGCCAACUCUCAUUAUGUGUAUAUAAGCUACACACGCAGAAAUCAGGACAGGCAAGACUCCAUUACCCAUUUUGCUUGUAAUUGUGCCUCAAACAACAAUGGAGUUUGGAGCAGAGGUUGGGAGGUCAUCAUCUUCCCUUAUUCUUGUUUACAUUUAAGAAUUCAAACGAGCAUUUCUGAAUUUGUUUUCCUUAGACAAAUCCAUCAUUUGUGUAUCACUGGAGAGGAGAAAGCAUGUAAUGCUUAGAAAAUGUUCUGACGCAUUCGUAUUACCGGGAAGAAUGAUACUCUUCUGAUGACACUUGCAUGCCUGACUUUCCCUGAGUGACCCAGGUCACGUAGCCGGCUGCUGCCUGAAUCACCCAGGCGCACAAAUCUCACACUGCAGCUUUUUUUCUGUUUCCAGUGCAUAUUUCUCACCUCUUUGCUGCACAGAUCCCCUUGCACUUCCCGGCCACAUGAAAGACGGUUGCACUUCUGGGUCUAGUACCCAGAUUGUCAUGACUUUGGUAGAAGUUAUCCUCAGCAAAUAGUCUUGCCCUGGGCUCUUCGAAGAAGCCCACUGGGUUCUGUAACCAUGCCUUUCCUUCACAGUCUUGCACAGUUUCUGGCUUACCUGGGACUCAUCUCGCCCGUUUAUUUACAUAGCUCUUUUUUUGGCGCUGCACCAAUACUACUGGUGAGUGGUACCACCUGAAUGCCCCCUUUCUCCACAUCAGCAUGACCCCUGCGAGCCCUGGUUUCUCUUGACUUUCCGCACCUGUGCUUGGGAAUCUCCACGCAGUUUUGAGUUGUUGUGGUUUUUUUUUUUUUUAAUUGCAGAGCACAGGGCACAUUUAGUAGAGAAUUAAAAAUGCAGACUUCCUCUUAGUGCUCAUGCUGCUUGGGGAAGAAGGAAAUACAGCAGAGAAAAGGACAUUUCAUUAGACUUGUAGCAGCCCCGUAAGCCUGUUUGCUUGGACGUUCUUUAGUCUCUGUUUCAGUCCUGGUGAUAUUUGAAUGUAUUAAUUGUUCCUACUUGCCCCACACAAAGCCCUUUUAGGGGUGACGUUUUGAAGAUUAUUUUAACUAGACUGAGCAUUAAAAGUUGUAUUCAAGAGACUUUUGAGCUCUGGCCGGUUUGGCUCAGUGGUUAGAGCGUUGACCUACAGACCAAAGGGUCCCGGGUUCAGUUUCUGCCUAGGGCACAUACCUCGGUUGCAGGCUCAAUCCCGGGCCCUGGAGUCAGUGUAAGAUAUUAGAUGAAUUGCAAAUAGACAGAUUUUUAAUGCAUAUGGUUAAGACAUAAAGCUAUAAUGCCACUCACAGGUUAAAGUAAUAUCCUGGGUACAUGUGUAUGUGUUUGUCUUAGAUUAAAAUCUCUAACUCAGCAACUUCAUUCUUGUCUUAGUAGACAGCUAAAAGCCUUUAAGAGUGGUAGUUUAGAGGAUAAUAGCACUAUCACGUGAUCUAGGAGUUAGGACACCCAGUUCUAGGCCUGGCUUGACUCUCUCUGUAGACAGGUAAGUUUUCUGUGCCUUUGCUUUCUCACUUGUCUGAUAAGAGAGUAAACUAGAUGCUCCAAGGCUCCCCUUCAGCUUGGUGUCCUGGACAAAUCUCCCACUAGGAGAUGCUUUCUAAAGAUUGUUUUUCAUUAGCAAUACCAAGGUAAAUUAUGGGUGUAUAUGACCUAGCCAGGAGCUCAGACAUCUCUUUUUAUUUCUCUCUCUCUCAUCUCUCACUUGCUUGAUUUCUUACACACACACACACACACACACGCACGCACGCACGCACGCACACACACACACACGCGCGCGCGCAAACUACUCCCUGCUAGUUCUAUCAAGUCAAUAGUAGUUUGCAGACAACCCUCUAAUGAAGGCUAAAUUUUAUAAAGUAAAGAAGAUUUUAAAGCUAAUUGUCACUAGAUUUUAAUUUAAAUAAAACAGGUGUGCUUUUAAAAUGCAGAAUAAUGUGGAAUCACUUUCUGAUGUUUUAAUCUAACUGAUUAGCUUGGAAAUGACACACGUGCUGUGAAACGUUAAUUUAAGAUAACCAUUAAGGCAAAGAAUAUUUAUACAUUUCUAACCUCAGUAAAACUUUUAAUAGUUUCAGUAAAUGACAACUUAAUGGAAUUCUACAAAUAUAUCUCAUUUUAUAUUUCAGCAGCAGGGACUCAGGCUCAGUAAACCUCACAUACAACCUAUAACUUACUCAAGCUGAGAAUCGGUUACCUACCUAACAGGCAUAUAAAUGACUUGUAUUUAUAAAGUUAAAAAUUUUCUGCUAUGAACACUAGUCACUAACCAUAUCUCUGAAUAUUGUCCAUUGAGGACGUUGUGUGUCUUCUUAUUAUUUUAUAAUGUAUUUCAAAUCACAUGGGAUUGUGGCUAUAUAUUAAUUAGCAUUUGAUGAUUAGCACAAUGGCAGAUAUGCUGCUGGAAACAAUUCACUGCAGAGCCUUUUUAUUUUAUUAUGUUAACUAUAUAAAUACAUAGCAUUUUUAAAAUUUAGCUUAAGAUAUUUAGAAAACCUUAGUGUGGGAUUAAAUACUUUGGUGACUUUACAUUUGUAUAUAUAACUUAACCUGAAUGUGUUCUUUAACUUAUUUUAAUAAAAGUUAGAAGUAUACCUGUCUCCUUAUUUCUGUUUACUCA